ACUGUUUCAUGAAUGCAUCAAUUGAUGUCAGUAAGUUAAAAAAAUACAGUUAAAUCUGGUUACUGUUGUCGGUUUACUGAUGUUGAUCAGUCUUCCUGAAGUAAGUGGCAUCCUGACGAAGCUUGUUUCAAAUGGGAAUUCAAGAGCAGUAUUUAUGUUUGUGGCGCCAUGAAGUCAAAGCCAUAUAGUUACCUAAAAAAAGAAGAAGUAAAUAGUUUUUAAUCAUAACUUUUAUGAUUAAAAACUAUCAUAAAAGUUUUUAAUCAUAAAAACUUUAUGAUCUGUGGGGGUUCUACCUGUUCCCAGACUGCUAUUAUAAUAGAAUAGAACCACAAAAUAUCUUGAUAAAACUCCAUAUGGAGAGAAAACUUCGUAGUACUAAAAAUCAUUGAUAAUCACACAACCACCAUGUUUGUUUGUUAUUCCCUUAAGAGUUUGUAUUUGGGUUAUUUAACCCUUUCCAUGCUGAUAUACGUCAACGAUUUUGUCUUUUGUCCUUGAAUUUUUUUUAGAUCAGGUCAGGUCAUGAUGUGUUGCUGUUUGACAACUUUUAGCCUCUUGUUGUCAAAUAGGUUCUAUUUAAAGCACUUUGUAUUGCCUUGUUGCUGAAAAUGUGCAAUAUAAAUAAAAUAAAAUUACCUUUACCUUUUAAGUGGUAGAGGGUAGUUACUUUUACCAGAUAGGGUCAGGUUGGCUUAAACGGAUUUUUUGCCUCUCAUUAAAUUAAAUUGUCAUCUGAAAACAUUUUUUUUUCAUCUAUUCUGGUUAGUUCUGUUUGAUAUUGAAGCUUUGUUUGAUUAUUUGAAACCAGCAUUCGGGGAAAUGUAGACAGAAGAAACACUUUAACCGCUCAACCUCUCACAGCAAAGUUAGUGGCUUCAACUAACUAAAACAUGCAGGGCAGGGGGGCGGUGAGGACCAGGGUUGAGAAACACUGUUGUAGAACAUGGUCAAGCAGUUCAGGUUUUGUCCUAAUUGAAACAAACAGCGAAAGAAUUUCUAAACCUAAAUUUUCCUGUCUACAUUGUAGGGCCGAGAAGGACACUCGAGAUACAUCUGAAGACAUGCUGUAUCGGACUCUUUGUGACUGGAGAUUACCGCUCCUGAUUGUUCUGCUCGGGGACGGCGUCUGCGCUUUGGAAGUGAAACCUACAAGAUGGCCCCUGUUCUCCCAGAAGCCCCUUCUCCUCGCCUGGAAUGUCCCGACUCAGGAAUGUGGCCCCUGGCACAGCAUUUCUUUCCAGCUGGACCAGUUCCAGAUUGUGGCCACACCAAAUGAGGGCUUCGUCAGGCAGAACUUGACCAUGUUCUACAAGGACCGUUUGGGCUUGUACCCCUACUUUGAGGAGGAUGAGACGCCGGUGCGCGGGGGGCUGCCACAGAUCGCCAGUCUCUCGCAGCACCUCAGCGAAAUGCAGAAAGGUGUUGAUAAGUACAUACCAAACCGGGACGCUGUAGGUUUAGCGGUUAUUGACUGGGAAGAGUGGCGGCCUCUUUGGAUACGAAACUGGGGACCCAAAGACAUCUACCGCAAACAUUCCCGUGAACUGGUGCGCCAGAAGAACCCAACUUGGGCCGAAGAACAGGUGGGGAAAGUGGCCCAGCUGGAGUUUGAGAUGUCUGCCAAGAAGUUCAUGCUGGACACGAUACGCCACGCCAAACACCUGCGACCCAACAAUCUGUGGGGGUUCUACCUGUUCCCAGAUUGCUACAACCACGACUACCUACGCUCCCUGGAGGGUUACACGGGCCGCUGCCCUGACGUGGAGGUGGCCCGCAACGAGCAGCUGAAGUGGCUGUGGACAGAGAGCACGGCGCUCUUCCCCUCCGUCUACAUGGGCAAAGUGCUGCGCUCCUCUUCCCCAGGACGGCAGUUUGUGCGGAACCGUGUGAAGGAAGGGAUGCGUUUGGCUUCAUCCGGCGACGAGGUGGCACGUCCUGUCUUUGUGUACACCCAGCCCACCUACGCCAACUCCCUGGAACAGCUGACAGAGUUUGACCUGGUGUCCACCAUCGGGGAGAGUGUCGCUCUGGGAGCUGCAGGAAUCAUCCUGUGGGGAGAUGCAACACAUGGAAAAAACAAAACCACCUGCUCUGACCUGAACACGUAUCUUCAAGACACACUGAGCCGAUACCUCCUCAACGUCUCCACGGCAGCAGAGCUCUGCAGCCAGACCCUGUGCGGUUUCCACGGCCGCUGCCUUCGCAAACAUCCGGACAGUGAUGUUUACCUUCACCUUAACCCCCUCACACACCGCAUCGAGAGGCGAAACGGCAAACUGACGGUCGCCAGCGAGCUGGGAGACCCAGACAAGAUGCUUUUUGACAUGGACUUUCAGUGCCAGUGCUACAGCGGCUUUCAGGGGAAAGGCUGUGAUCACAAAGACCCGCUGCACCAAAGAGGGGCGGCGACUCGAACCAGAACCUCAGCGCUCCAGUGUGUCAUCUUCCUGAUAACCGUUGUGCUCCUCCUGUGUUAAUGUCCAGGACAUGCAGUGCUGCUUGAAAGUUUGUGAACCACCCAAAUGUGGUCAUUGUUUUCUAAAGAAAAAUUAUAAUAAUCAUGUGAAACGAACAUCCAAACCUCAAAUUAUAAAGCAGACCUUGUAAAUAAGGGACACAAAGAAAAAGAGAUGCAUGUUUUCAUUAUUUAUUCAACAAAAGUUAUUUUAUCCGUCAAAAACAGAAUAUCUGCCAAGUGCAAAAGUAUGUGAACUUUUUCAGUUAGCAUCUUGUGGCAUCUCCUUUUGCAGCCAUUACUUCUUCUGUAACCACAAACGAGUGUUUCACAUCUGCUUUUUGGGAUUUUUGUCCACUCCUCCUUGCAGAACUCUGCCAGUUGAGAGAGGUUGGAGGGACAUCUGGCAUGUACUGCCCGUUUCAGAUCUUGCCACAGCAUUUCUAUGGGAUUGAGAUCCGGACUUUGACUGGGCCAAUCCAGAGUGCGAAUCUUCUUUCUCUUAUGCCAUUCUUUGGUACUUUUGUUGGAAUGCUUUGGGUCUUUGUCUUGUUGCAUAAUCCAUUUCUGUCCCAGCUACAACUCAUUGACUGAUGGCAGGAGAUUCUGGUCAAGAAUUUGUUGAUAGUCCUGGUUGAUAGUCAAGGACGUCUCAUUUGAUUGGUCUGCUUAAUUGAUUACUCGAGCACUCGCAUGUGUUUCACCGGAGUCUUUUACCUAGUUGACUUUACCAGUGCAACUGUGGUUCAUUUACGUUUGCAGAUACUCUGACUCCAUGUGUCGUUUAGUCUGCUUGCAAUUCACACAUUUCCCUCAAGAGAAGCAAAUGGAAUCGAUGAACAUAAACCUGACAUUUCAUAUACAAAAACUGGUAAUGAGAAAAUAAGAAAAUCAUGGUAAAAAGAAAAAUCUAAGCUACUCAACUAGUUCACAAACUUUCAAGCUGCACUGUAUCUGCAAAUACACUGCCUUGCAGAAGUAUUUAUUUUCAUUGAUUUUCACAUUUUUAUUGUCCCAGAAACUUGAGUGUGUUUGGUUAAUAUUUUAUAUGAUAGACCAGCACAAAAUGGUGCAUAAGAUCUGAGAAGGUUCACAGUGGACACGCAUCGUGGACACUUCUGGCCUGGGUUUUGGUGCAAAUAUCUUGAAAUACAACAAAACUCUCAUGCAAGAGCUUCUUUUAAAUUAAUAAUUCAUUGAUAUUG